GCAAAUCCAACGUCCAAUAACGGCAAUAAGCAAAAGCAAAAGCGAAGAAGGUGGUGUGUGCUUCUUUAUUCAAACCCAUUAUUUUAUUGGGGAAGGGAAGGGAAGGGAAGGGAAGUGGGGAGAGCAAAUGAAUAAAGCAGCAACUGUUUGGGGGAAAGGGAAGUACAGAGGAAGCGAUUGUUGUUGCCGAACGAGAGAGAGGAGUGAGGAAAUUAGUGUUGUUUUGAUGGAGAUGCGUGUCGAUUCCGGUAGAAGAAAGGGAAACUUCUCCGUACUCCUCCUUUUCCUUCUAUUGAUCCUCAUUUUGCCCAGUAUUUAAUUUAUUUUUAGCAUUUCAAGUUAUCCCCACUUUGCUUGCUUCGUCUUCUUCUUCAGUUCUACUCUCUCUGCUUGCUUUGGUUUGUGUGUUAAAAAGAGGAAUACCCCAAAUGUGUUACAGUUUUUCUGAUGAUACAUUCGAUCUCUGGUUGCAUUAUCGAUGAAUCUGGGACCAGCUAAGCAUUGAAAUUUAGGAUUUUUUUUCUGGGUUUGAUAGAUUUGAGUAGGGUAGGUGCAAUUUUGUGUUUUGUUGUUGUUGUUGUUAGUUAGUUAGUUAAGAAAUCUGUGACUCUAUUAAAGUUUGUGAUUUUGGUGUAAAUAGGAUGAGAUUUGUAAAUUAGGAAUCCUUUUUGCUAGGAGGUCAGUGGCCGAUUUGAUAUCAAUUCCUUCUUCAAUAUAUUUGCAAUUCCGGGAGGAUUUUCCUUUUUCCUUUUAAAUUACACCCAUUUGUGAAAAUAAAAAGAAGUCAAAAUCAAUCAAUUGUAAGCGAGUAAAACACUUAGCCAAAUCAACCCUUCAUUUUUAUUGUGGGUUCUAUCAACCUUUGGAAAUCCUCCUAUUGAAUUUUUGUUUUUUUAUUUUUAUUUUGGUUUGAAAGAAAGUGACACACUGAUUUGAAGAAGAAGAGGAGUAGGAGGUGAUAGGAU